UUCUUUUAGUGGCCCCGUGCGUCGAUCAUGGACUUAUCUACGGUUCAAUCAGUCGCGGUACUGAUUGGCAAGAUAUACGGUAUUUAUGCGGUGGGUGCCAUGACGUUGGCAGCGGCCGUUGCCGUCCGACAGGAAUAUAAGAUUUGGCAACCGUCCAGUUUGCCGUCACUGUCAAUCUGGGGAAUGAUCAAAGUGUUUUGGUUCAAUAUCGUAUGGUUCGUGUUGUGUUUGGUAGGUUCCAUCCUGAUUAGUGCAAAAUGGUGUCUACAGUUGGGACGUUCCGAUAUUGAGUACGAAGGCAAUCAAUGGGUCGAGGCGACCGUCGCACGAAUCUGUGUGACUCUUUUCGUCGGACCCGUCCGAGUCGACGGAACGGAACAUUUACCACCGAACGAUAAGAACCCCGCACCAGUGUACGUGGCGAAUCACGAAAGUCAAAUUGAUGUCGGCGUCGUCUACUACCUGGGACGGAGGUUCAAAUGGAUCGCCAAGCAAUCGGUCCUGUACCUGCCCGGAGUGGGUCAAAUCAUGUGGCUAUCCGGCCACGUGCUGAUUCAACGACAAGGUCGGAACAAACAGUCCGUAUCCAACCUGUUUGAGAAAUCCAACGCGGCGGUGCAAUCCGGGGUGCCCAUGUUUUUCUUUCCGCAAGGCACGCGGUGGAUUGCGAAUCGACGAGAGUUCAAGGACGGUGCCUUUAAGGUUGCCUUGGACAAUAAAAGUACACUGAUUCCGCUGUCAAUUGGCCUUCCUCGCAACGCUUGGAAUUGUGCCUAUCCAGUCAGUUUGUUGUGGGGACGAUCGACGCCGGAACCGAUCACGAUCACGGUGCACCCGUCGAUUCCCGUGAAAGGUACCGAGUCUCGCGACGAGUUGAAGCAACGGUGUUGGGAUCAAAUAUAUAGCGUCCUGGUCCCACCAGUGUCGACUUCCUCCGCAACUGCCGGUGGCAACGACUCCGACAAGAAUAAGUAAAUGGAACGGCUUAC